AUGUCCACAUCAUAUCUGUCCGCAAUGCCCAGCUCGACCUACUCCCACACAUACAGCAACAUGGACUCGACGACAUUACCGCAGCUGAGCCGGGAGGAGCUCAACACCGCCGCUCUCGAGACCUUUGUUUACAAUGCUGUUACCGAACCCAUGAUCGAGUAUCUGGCCAUGAAGACGAACGAAGUUAUUGCAUGCGAUAGUCCCAAGAAGAACGAGCCCACAGACUCUGAUGAGGGUCCUAUGCCGACCCUCAAGGAAUUCAUCACUCGCUUGGUAGUCUGUUCCAACGUCCAGGUCCCCACUCUGAUGUCUUCCCUGGUCUACCUCACCCGACUCAAGGCUCGUCUGCAGCCUCACGCUACUGGCCGCCGUAGCACUCCGCAUCGCAUCUUCCUGGCCACCUUGAUCCUGGCCGCCAAGUACCUGAACGACAGCUCUCCCAAGAACAAGCACUGGGCCAGGUACACAUAUGUACCCGUCAUCUCCAAUGAUGGUAGCGGUGUCGUUGCCGACUUCUCAUUCCGCACUGCAGAGGUCAACGAGAUGGAGAGGCAACUGCUUUGCCUACUCGGUUGGGAUCUGAGGAUUGAGGAGCAGGACCUCUACCGCGAGUUCGAUGUUUUCCUGGAGCCUAUUCGCCGGGACGUUGCCGACCGCUUCGCCCGCCGCCAACGUCGCAAGUACGAGGAGCGUGUCCGCCUCGAGUAUCUCCAAAAGGAGGAGGCCGCUGCCCGUGCACGUGCCCGCGAUGCCUCGCCUUCGCACUCCACGAGCUCGCGUGGCAGCUCGCCUGCAUCUUCCGCCUCGUCUCGCACCGGAGGUCGCUCUGCCAGCAGCUCAAUUUCGUCUGGCAGUUCGCGCAGCGCAUCGCCAUAUGCGCCAAGCCUCACCUACUCGGCUGGCCAAAGCCCCGCCAGCUCUUUGUCGAGCCGUGCGACCACCCCUGAGAGGGACGAUCAAUCCUACGUCUACUGCGGGUCGGAGGAGAACCACUCUGUUCCCUCCGAGCAGAAGAGGCCGCACAUCCUGGGCCGCCUCGCCGCCGCUUUCCAGUCUCGCUGA